AUGACCUCUACCAUGACGCAACGUCCAAUUGCGCUGUGGAGAUCUCUUGGAAUCGAUCGACGCAUGCUUCUCCUCAUGUUAAAAGGAUCCAUACCAACGGCUGUAUCACUGGCACUCUAUCAAAGUACGGCCGCUUCUGAAGUAUAUCAAUCUCUUGGAUUCUUGGUAGCAAUCAUUGCGGUCGUUACUGUCAAUCUGUUACCGCGUGCGAAGCUGAUACAGAUGACCUUGACCAUAUGCGCAUUCACGGCGAUUGCAAUCCCACUUGCAAUGCUUGCCACAUGGUCCAGCCUCCAGGCGCGAUACCACACUGAUCCCCAGGGCCUACAUGCGUACAAUUCUUCUCAAAGUGCAAUCACUGGAGUCUGGCUGUUCUUUCACAUCUGGUUAAGCAACAGUAUCCAAGCGCGCUAUCCCCAUCUUUUGAUACCCACGAUCCUCUACAACAUCUUCAUGAUUGUACAAUUCACAUCGUGCUCACGAUUCACAACUUGGACUCAGUGUUGGGACCUCAUAUAUCUCACGACUCGCUGCUAUUUUACUGGUGUAGCCAUCAGCUUCGUCUCCGGCAUGUUCAUAUAUCCCGUCACUUGUCGCUCCGAAAUCUUUGAGGUCCAAGAAAAGUACAUUCGCUCGGCUCAAGGUGUUCUACAACAGGCUUUUAAUUAUAUUAAAAGCAUGGGAGACGUGUCCGAAUCCUUGGCAGACGCCAUUCAACCACAACAGCCCCCGGAUGACUCCCAGACUCGUGCAACCGAUGAACAGGGCGAUAGUUUACAACAAAAAAUGUCUGCCCUCAAGACGCUGUAUGUCAAGAUGCAUGCGGAACUCAUCAUGGCGAAGCGCGAAGUCGCAUGGGGAAAGUUGGGUGCAGAUGACAUCACUUCGAUUAGUAACCUGUGUCGUCGCUUACUCAUGCCGAUUGGUGGCUUAGCUCACCUCAAAGACCUCUACAAGGCAGUAGAUGAUCCUCAUCACUUAGCUCCUGAGAUUAAAGCCGACUCGACUUCGAAGAUGUCUCCCUGGCACGACGAUGCUGUAUGGUCCACCUCUUUUGGUGCUCUCAUUGCACCUGCAAGCAAUCUGAUUAACGCUAUCGAUGAUGGACUGGAGCAUUCCGGACUGAUGCUGGAGAUUAUCCAGGAGUCAACGUCGUCUAGACGUGCUAGAUCAGAAGAUCAACCUGAUCUAGAGUCAAAAGGAGAGCUGAUGAGACCUGGAGAUCGCAAGUUCGCAACACAUCUCGAAGGUCUUCUUCUACAGUUCAAAACAGACAGACUUGACUCUUUAACACCCUGGUUGGGUAAUGAAGAUCACACCGAUGCCAGAACAACGACGCUACGAGAGACAGCGGAUAUAGACAACGGGAAUGGCUCAUCAGAACUCGAAUCUUUGCAUGAUCCACGACUCAAUCUAGUUCUGUACACCCAUCACAUGCUAUAUACAGCGGGUCUUGCUGUACUCGAGCUCUGCAAGUUCUCUGACAGUCUCGUAUCGCAAGGCGUGAUGUCACACAAUCGGCUCAUCUGUCCCUCGGUUCAGGUGAUCGGUCAAUGGCUCGCGAGCGUCUUUGAUACAAGUGAAGCAGCCGUUGCUGACGAAGAUCGACCAAACAGCAAGGAAGAGGAACAACUGAUCUUUGGACAGACCAGGCGAGGGGCGCAUAACGUAGAGCAUCUUCCUCCCACAAAUGUCUAUCAGCAAUUCGGUGUCCGACUCGGAAAACUUCAACGAUAUCUCAAAGGAUCCGAAUUCAGCUUUGGCUUCCGGUCUGCAUGCGCUACGAUGUCGUGCGCUAUUUUGGCUUACCUCCAUCCGACCCAGGAUAUUUUCACCCACUACCGUCUGAUCUGGUCCGUCAUCAUUGCAGCUAUCGGUGCGAACAUGUCGGCAGGACAAUCUGGCGUCUCUUACGUCCUUCGCAUACUUGGCUCGUUAGCGGCCCUCAUCAUCUGUUACCUCGUCUGGUAUAUCCCCAACGGUAACACAGCCGGCGUGAUCGUGAUGAUGUGGUUCGCAUCUUUCAUCCAGAUGUACUUUCUUAUAAGAUGGCCACGCCACAUCAUCGGCUGGUUGGUCAUCCUUAUCACCGAGGUACUCUCCAUCGGAUACCUGACCCAAGUGAACAAAAUCGGAGUAGAGGCCGCCACUGCCCGCGGCGUCAUAUACUACAAGCCCUACGAAGUUUGUGCUGUUCGAGUCGCGUGUGUCUUAUGGGGCACUCUUGCUUCGAUCUUCUUUACAUAUCUCCCAUAUCCCAUCACGGCCAGGAGUCUGAUGAGAGAUCAGCUGUCGAAGAGUAUGCAUCUAGUCGCCAACUACAACAUGAUCGUUCAUCACACCCUCAAGUUUAGGCUCAGAGGAACGGAAGGCGACUCAACAAAUCAGCAAAGCAGGGGCUACGUCUUGGCGAAAGCACGAAAGGCCAUGUUUCACAAAACCAUGGCUUUGAAUGCCUCAGUCAGGCACAGUCUCUAUUUGCAGAAAUACGAGCCAACCCUUGGAGGAAAGUUUCCUGUUGCAAAGUACAAAGACAUCCUCGAUCGACUAUCACUACUGUUAGAAUACACAGCGCUGAUGUCAUACUCGACACAAGCAUGGUCAACCCAUGGUCCUCACGCUCAGUAUCACCAACAUUCAAUAUCGGCAAGGCAGUGGAUGCAGGAUCUCUGUGAGCUGAUCGAGUCAGCAAACAUACAUGCGCAAAAGAUCAGCUGUGUGCUAUAUCAGCUUUCCGAUGCUUUAUCCACAGGCAGGCAACUACCCGGCCCGGUCGAUGCCGUCAAGCCAUACGAGCUUUGGCAAAACUUGGAACAAUUCGACCCGCAGAUCUUACAUCGUCGACAUGUUCGAGAGCUUGGCUAUUCCACUUAUGCGGUUGUCGAGCUUUUGUCUGGUGUCGUAGCGAAUAGCGUUAACGAGUUGAGCAGAGACGUUGAGUUUCUGGUCGGAGUGACACAUUUUGACAUCAUGGCUGAUGGAUACGACGAAGCUGAGUAA